CUGUGAAAUAUAGAAUUUCUCUAUUGGCAACAACGACAAAAAAUUACAAAAAACUGACACAUUCCAAAGAAAGCGUUCGUGAUUAACAUCGAAAGUCCGAAACAAUACAAGCGAACUAUUUGUAUUUCGUUGGUUUUUGCUCAGCAUCGCAUCUUCUUUGCAUAAAGGACAUUUUGUUUGAAAAACUGGUAGAUUGUGGAAGCUUGUAAUACCAUGUUGAAGCUCUGUUUAGGUAAAGUGGAAAAAAUAGAAUUUUUUUUAUUCUGCCCAACAUGCAGUAUGGAAAUAGCGGAAGAUCUUUUCAUAAACCACAUGAGAACACAUCCAAUAACAAAUUUAAUAUAUUGCCGUUUGUGUUUACAUUUGGUCUUCAGAACUCCUGAAGACUAUAUGCGCCAUAUGAAUGUACAUUCUACAAAAAUGCAAUGCCAGUACUGUAAUAAAACGUUUCCAACCCGUGAACUGUUGGAGGAACAUGAAAGGUCUCAUAUUAAAUACACAUGUUAUAUUUGCUACUUAGUAUUUCGAUCACUCCCAGCCUUUGAAGAACACAGAAAAACGCAUUCCAGGAGACAACAUGUAGCAAGUUUUUCAGCAUUAUUACAAAAUGCAAUUGAAAUACAAAAUGCCUCUACAUCACAGCUUGAAUCUCCUGCAUCAGUGUCAGUGGUUGAAACUCAUGGGACAAGAAAUAUAAGUAGUGAAUUCCAAAAUGCCUCUACAUCACAGCCUGAAGCUCCUGCAAUAGUAUCAUUUGAUGGAAUUUCUAGGACAAUGAAUGAGUUCCAAAAUGCCCCUACAUCACAUCCUGAAGCUCCUGCAGCAGAAUCAUUGGAGGAACUUUAUAGGACAAUAAUAGAAGCUCCUGAAGCAGAAUCAUUUGAUGACAUUUAUACGAUAAAUAUAAGUAAUGAACUCCAAAAUGCCCCUACAUCACAGCCUGAAGCUCAAGAAUCAUUGGAGGAAAUUUAUAGGACAAUAAUGGAAGCUCCUGAAGCAGUAUCAUUUGAUGACACUUUUACGAUGAAUAUAAGUAAUGAAUUCCAAAAUGCCUCUACAUCACAGCCUGAAGCUCCUGCUGUAGAAUUAUUUAAUGAAAUUCAUGGGACAAUAAAUAUGAGUGAUGAAUUCCAAAAUGUCCCUAUAUCACAGCCUGAAGCUCCUGCAGCAGAAUCAUUGGAGGAAAUUAAUAGCACAAUAAUAGAAACUCCUGGAGCAAUAUCAUUUGAUGACAUGUAUACGAUGAAUUCAAGUAAUGACGUCCAAUAUUCCCUUGCAUCACAUCCUGAAGCUCUUGCAGUAGUAUUAAUACCUGAAAUUUAUGAGGUAAGUAAUCUAAGUGAUGAAUUCCGAAAUGCCUCUACAUCACAGUCCGGAACUCCUGCAGCAGUAUCAUUGCCUGAAACUUAUAGGGUAAGAAAUCCAAGUGAUGAAUUCCAAAAUGCCUCUACAUCACAGUCCGAAACUCCUGCAGAAGUAUCAUUGCCUGAAACUUAUAGGGUAAGAAAUCUAAGUGAUGAAUUCCAAAAUGCCUCUACAUCACAGUCCGAAACUCCUGCAGAAGUAUCAUUGCCUGAAACUUAUAGGGUAAGAAAUCCAAGUGAUGAAUUCCAAAAUGCCUCUACAUCACAGCCCGAAAUUUCUGCAGCAUUAUCAUUGCGUGAAAUUCGUAGGGCACGUAGGACUCCUACAGCAGUCUCAUUCGAUAAAACUUGUGUGGCACGAAAUAGAAUAGUAUUAGAUCCUCGAGGAAGAUCGGCUAGCACUUCUAGAAUAUCACAAAAUAGAAAUGAAACAAACAGUACUUAUAGUACGUAUAAUACUCUCUCAUUAGAAGCACUACUUGAUGCACCUAUUGGAGAAAAUCGAUUUGAAACGGCAUAUACUGCUGCAGGUCGAAAUAGUAAUGAAAGAGAAGAAAUUACUCUAGCAAACCUGCUUGGAAGUCCUCCGAAGCGAAACAGAUAUGAAACGGAGAAUAUUUCAACACAUGGAACAGUUUCAAAUGAAACUGGAAAUUCCUCAUUGCCUGGAACUGAUACCAAUGAAAAUAGAGAUCGGGACAAUAAUAUUUUCAAAUCUCCACGUAAAAGAAAAUUAUGAAAAUAUUCCAUCUACAUAAUUUGGAGGAACUCCUUUAGUCCAGGAAGCAAUCAGAACUAAAUAAUUCAUCACAAAAAUAAAAAUGAAACCGAAAAUAAAAUAUUUCUUUACUUAUCGAUGGAAUAAGAUGAAAUUUCAAUCAAAUCGAAAACUGAAUAGAUAUAACUAGAAAAAAAUAGUAUUUUAAUAAAAUUACUGUUUAAAUAUCGUACUGGAUUCACUGAAUUCGGAACUUAAACGUAGGAAGUGAGCAGCGACGGAUUUACCUUCCAUUUUAGAGCCUUUCUGAUGUUCCAGAAUAUCCAAUACGUAUUUCAGUUAUAUUUUUUGGGCUGCGUUCGAUACUCUUGCAGUAUUGUUUGCAUUUUGAAAUCUAGGAUCGAUUUUCCUUCUUUACCAUUCGAUACAGAAUGUUUUGUUUCAUUAAUAUUCAGCCAGUAAAAAUAUAGGGGUAUUUUUGUUUUCAUCUUUAUGUUAUCGAUUAUUUGUGUUUAUGUUUUGUCUUGAACUUCUAUCAAUGUUUUUUUAAUUAGUAUAAUAUGAUGUUUUUAGGAUUCAUGUUUUUGAGAAACGACUACGAAAUCAUUUCUAAUAAUAUUUUUUCUAUUGUGUAUUUUAUUGUUAUUAUGUUCAUAUUGUGAAUUACUACGAAAAUAAAAUAAUUACUGUUUGUCAAGCCGAUUUUUGGUUAACGUAAUAUAUACUAUACACUGAAACUACUGUUGACGAAUUAAUAAAAAUGCUAUUGAGA